AUGUUCCACCCACUCGAUCCCCUCUCCCCGACCGAACUGCGCACCGUCUCGCAGGUCGUGCGAGCCUACCAUGCCCCGACUCCGGUUCGAUUCAAAGUCAUAGACCUGCUAGAGACCCCCAAGGUUACAUUUCUCUCGUACUUCCGGGACAAGACGCGAAGUGUCCAGGCGCCGCCUCGUAAAGGGUACACAUACUACUACAAGCAAGGGAGCCAGACGCUGCGCAAAGCAAAGAUCAACAUUACCACCGGCAAGGUGGAAGAAGAUACCGAACAUCCGGAUAUCCAAGGACCGGCGGAUAUCGAUGAGAUCGAGCGUCUUCUAGAUGUCUGCAGCAAGAGCGCCGAGGUUGCUAGGGAGGUUGAGAAGUUGAAGUUACCGAGGCAUUUUGUUUCCAGUCUUGCCACCGUCAUCAACGAUCCGUGGCUUUAUGGAACAGACGAUGCGAACGAGCGCCGUCGUUUGUACCAAUGCUAUAUGUAUAUGGUCCUAAAUGAUGACCCCGAAGCGAAUCACUAUUCCCUCCCUCUCCCUUUGGCUCCCAUCUUCGACGCUCAUACACUCGAGCUGCUUGAGAUCGAGAAACUACCCCUAGGGGUCGGUGCCGAGUUAGAAUCGGAAACCCAGCCAUGGGAACCUGCCGCCCCGGUCGAAUACAGUCCUACACUGCUAGGAAUAGAAUACUUCCGAAAAGACGUCAAGCCUCUGCAGGUGGCUCAACCGGAGGGUCCGUCCUUCAGAAUCGACGGUCGCCACAUCAACUGGCAGAAGUGGUCAUUCCAUAUGGGCUGGACGGUGCGCGAAGGACCAGUUCUGAACAAUGUCUACUACGACGGACGAUCGCUCUUCCAUCGCGUCUCAAUGAGUGAAAUGACCGUACCAUAUGGGGAUCCUCGCUCUCCGUACCACCGCAAACAGGCCUUCGACCUAGGUGACUCUGGGUUCGGUAUCACCUCCAAUACUUUGACCCUGGGCUGUGACUGUCUGGGACACAUUGCCUAUUUCGACGGCAUCCGGACCACGGGGGCCGGAGAGCCCUUGGUGAUGAAGAACGUGAUUUGUGUUCACGAAGUCGACGAUGGAGUCGGUUGGAAGCACACCAAUAUCCGAAAUGGACAUGCUUCCAUGGUGCGCAACAGGCAGCUAGUGAUCCAGUGUACGGCCACGGUCAUGAAUUACGAAUACAUCCUCGCCUUCAUAUUCGAUCAGGCAGCCAACCUGCAUGUCGAUGUGAAGGCCACCGGCAUUGUGUCGACCAUGCCGAUUAGCAAAAAGACCCUAUCGCCGUGGGGAACGGUCGUGGCUCCUGGAGUGCUCGCCGUCAACCACCAACACCUAUUCAGUGUGCGAGUAGAUCCAGCCUUGGACGGCGUGCGAAACACGAUUGUGUAUGAUGACAUUGUCCCUGUGCGGGGCGAGCCCGAUCUCGAUCCUUUUGGUUGCGCUUUCCGAGUAAACACCACGCCCAUCAAGCGACCGGGCCCGUAUGAUCUGGACCUGACCAAGUCCAGAACCUAUCGAAUCAUCAACCCCGACCACAUCAAUGCUGUGUCUGGCAAGCCAGUCGGCUAUAAGCUGCAUGCCCUGCCGAGCCAGAUGCUGAUGAUGGGACCCGAGACAUUCAACUACAAACGGGGUCUGUUCUCGAGCAAGCCCAUCUGGGUGACCUCGUACAAAGAAGGCGAGCUGUAUGCUGCGGGCGAGUUCACCAACCAAAGCCGAGAGGAUACGGGCUUGGGAGUCUGGGCCCAGCGGAAUGAAAAUGUCGAGAAUGAAGAUGUUGUGCUGUGGCAUACAUUUGGUGUGACCCACGUAACGCGACCGGAAGAUUUCCCGGUGAUGCCAGUCGAGAAAAUGUCGAUCUCUCUUAAACCAACCAGUUUCUUCGAACUGAAUCCUGCCAACGAUGCUCCUCGAUCAAGCCAGAGUCAGAGCCAAUCUACCUUGGUCGAACAUUCCAGUGUUGCUCCGGUCUCAUGUGGCAAGUGCAGUUUAUAG